AAAAUGCGCUGCUUUAGGCUGUACAUUUCUAUGGUGUAGGAGACCUUAUAAGCCAACUUGGAUUUAUUAUACUCGUUUCUCUCUCCUCCCCAAAAACUCUCUUCCCCCACCCCACCAUACCCCUUACUAUACCACUCUCUUCUCCACUGCUUCAACUUCACCCAGAAAAAAUUUAAGUUGCAAGAAAUUGCAUCUUCAAUUUCCCAUGUGGUGGUAAGCCCAUUCUUGUACAAAAAACUAAAUAAAAAAGCCAAACCAAAAAAAAACCUCAAAAUUCAUAUAUAACCCAAAAAAGAAUUUAGAGGAGAGAGAAAAUCAUCAGUGGGUUGGUGGGGGACUGCAGAGCACGUACCACCACCACCACCACCUUAGCCAUGGAUUCUCUCCUUCUUCAGUCUCUCUCCUCCCAGUUUUCCUUGCAUUCUCUUUCUGAACCCUAGAAGGAGAGAAAAAGGGGAAGAAAAAAAAAUAAUACCCAACAAAAAGAAAUUACAAAUCAUCGAAAUUAAAAAAAAGGGGAGGAACAAUUCGAAGAUUAACCCGGUGUGUGAAGAAACAGAUUAGAUUCCUCAAUUUGUUUGGAUUAUUCUGAUAUCAGUCUGGCAGAAUUUCGAGGAACCCUAGCCCUGUUUUAUUCAUCAAUUUCCCCCAAUUUCAGCGAUUUCUUCGAUUUCAAAUCGAAACGAAGAAACACCUUUCACAUCAGCACCACUACAAAAAACAAUAGCAACCACCGCAUUAUCUUAAAAAUGCGGUGGCUGAUUCGAUUUUCCGGGUUUUUCUCGGCCGCAUUGAUAAUGAUCAUUCUCUCCCCAUCAUUGCAAUCCUUUCCACCUGCAGAAGCCAUACGAUCCUCUACCACAUUUUUAGAUCAAAGAUUCUCCUUCCGGAGUUCUCCAGUAUUUCGCAACGCAGACGAAUGCCGAGCUCCCACGUCGGACGUGUGUGACCCUUCAUUGGUCCACGUUGCGAUCACCCUUGACGUAGAUUACCUUCGGGGUUCAAUUGCCGCGGUGCAUUCCGUUUUGCAGCAUUCUCUAUGUCCUGAAUCUGUCUUCUUCCAUUUUGUUACCUCUUACGAAACUCGAAACUUGGAAAACCUUGUCAAGUCCACCUUCCCUCACCUGAAAUUCAAGCUGUAUACAUUCGAUGACGCCAUUGUAAAACACUUGAUUUCCACCUCAGUUCGUCAAGCGCUAGAGCAGCCCUUGAAUUACGCCAGGAACUAUCUAGCUACGAUCCUCGAACCCUGUGUUCGACGGGUUAUCUAUUUGGAUUCUGAUCUCGUGCUUGUUGACGACAUUGCCAAGUUGUGGAACACCAGGUUGGGUUCUAAAACUAUCGGAGCACCGGAAUACUGUCAUGCCAACUUCACUAAAUACUUCACCUCAGUUUUUUGGUCAGAAAGCCGGUUUUCUGCCACGUUCAAAAACCGAAAGCCUUGUUACUUCAACACAGGGGUAAUGGUUAUUGAUCUAGUCAAAUGGAGGGCGCAAGGAUACACCAAGAAAAUUGAACGGUGGAUGGAGAUUCAGAGGAAAGAGAGGAUCUAUGAGCUGGGAUCAUUGCCACCUUUCCUUUUGGUGUUCGCCGGAUACGUGGCUCCAAUCGAACAUAGGUGGAAUCAACAUGGAUUAGGAGGUGAUAAUGUAAAAGGAAGUUGCAGAGAUUUGCACGCAGGUCCAGUCUCUCUCCUACAUUGGAGUGGGUCAGGGAAGCCAUGGAUGAGGCUUGAUACCAGAAAUGCUUGUCCUUUGGAUUCCCUUUGGGCUCCUUAUGACUUGUACGUGCAUAACACGCGCCGGUAAAUUUAUUCCUCGUCUUUUUUUUAAGUAAGAUAUUACGGGUUCUUUUAAUUUUUCAUUUUUUUUACUCCCCUUGUGAUUUAAAUUCCUGUUCUUUUCUUUAUUUCAUUUUAUAAUCUUAAUGGGGGAUUUGUCAAUUUUUUUGGGUCUUAGAAUUGGAUGGAUGGAUGGGUGAUUAACUUUUAUUAUAAUUAUGGGGUAAUCGAGUAAUUAUGAGAUGAAAUGGGAUAUAUCCUUAGCUUUUCCAAUUCCAGAGUGUUUGUAUUGUUUGCUAAUUUGCUACUCAUACUCCCAUUGUUAUUGUUGUUUAUUACCCUCAAUAAUAAACCUGCAAAAAAAAUUGGAAAUUAUAUUAUUAUUUGUUUU